AUGUCGGACAUUACCUCUCAAGUCCGAAGAGAACUGAGAGAGUUUGCAGUAGAUCUUUCAGAAUUCAAAUUUGGCGAUAAAAUUGGAGAAGGUGGCUUUGGAGAGGUAAAUUACGCAAUUCAUAUAGCAACCAAAAAGAAAUGCGCAAUUAAAAAGCUGUUUCUCAAGGAGCUAAAAGGAUCUGAUUUCGAUUUAUUCAUUCGUGAAGUCGAAAAUCUAGCUAUUUGCGAUAAUAUGUUUUGUUUGGCGUUCUUAGGCUGCACAUUCAAAUAUCCUUUCUCCAUUAUUACACAAUACAUACCAAACGGAUCUCUGUUUAAUGCGCUAAAACACCGUGACGGAUCUCCUGAUUUAGAUGGCACUGAUAAAACACUGAUUGCAAUGGGAAUUGCACACGGAAUGACGUAUUUACAUAAACACGGAAUCAUACACAGAGACUUAAAGUCAUUAAAUAUCCUUUUAGACGAAAAGAAACUUCCAAUAAUUUGUGAUUUUGGUUUAUCAAGGCGACAAGGCGAAUCAGAUAUAGAUUCACCAGAAAAUAUGAUGACAAAGGAUGUUGGUACACCACAUUGGAUGGCUCCAGAGCUUUUUGAAUCAAAUAAUUAUACAAAUAAAGUUGAUGUCUACGCGUUUGGCAUGAUUAUGUGGGAGAUGCUUACAGAGAUGAGUCCGUUUAAGAACAUGAACGGUAUGCAAAUCGCGUAUGCUGUCUGUAAAAAAGGAGAAAGACCACAAAUUCCAAAUAUCACUGCAGAACCAAUGAGAGCAUUUAUUAAUCGAUGUUGGAACCAAGAUCCAAAUCAACGGCCAACGUUUGAAGAGAUUUACAAAGAUUUUAAAACAGGAAAAAUCGCAUUUAGCGGAACUGAACGAACAGAAGUCCAAAAAUUCAUUAAAUACAUCAAAAAAGAUGAAGCAAAUCGUGCUGCUGUUGGCGAAUUCAAGAAACCUCCGCUUAAAACUCCAAAUCAUCCGAAUAGACAUCGAAGAUCAAAAGAAUCGCAUCCAAAGCAAUCUCCUUCUACAGUACCUAGACAUAGAAAUACUUAUGUUGACUACAAUUUACUUUCUCAGCCAGAAAAUUUUGAUUUUAUGGCAAAUUUCAAUUUGGCAAUCAAAAACCUCAAACAAAGUAACGCAGAUACAUUCUUUGAAGCACUAAAACCAGUAUUCCAAAAGAAAGUCGACGUAAAUACCAUGUUUGAAAUAUUAUCUCAAAUUAUUAAAGUAAUUGAGAACGAUCAAGACAUUUUACAAAUCAUGCUUGAGAAUGGAAUACAUACUAUUCUGCCAAUUGGCGAAUUUGACCUAUUAUCUCCAAUAUUAUUGAUAUAUUUAAUCUCAGCAAUGCAUUUUCCAGGAAUUAUUGAUCCGAAAUUCCUUGAAACCAUCUCUCCUUUUGUUUCCAGAUGCGCAGAUAAGGUUUUAUCCAUAAUAACCUAUUAUUUCCAACCCGGAGAUCAUCAAACAAACAUUUGGGACGUCAUGGACUUCAUAAGAUUGCAUAGUGAUACGUUUUUAUCGCAAUGCGGGGUUUCUUUUGUGAAAUUAAUUCAUUACAUUUACACAAGAAACCAUUCCGUCAAAGCUGUUCGCUUUUCCGACCUUGUUUUCAUAUUGUCCAAAGCAGUGACUAGUCAGGAUAUCAAUAUCAUUCAUCUUUCUUAUAAUUGUAUUAUAGAUCUCUUUGAUCCACGUAUUGUGGUCGACCAAAACACAUUAAUCAAUCAUCUAUUAAACCAACAGACCAUUUCUGAUGUAUCAAAUUACCUUUCCAGGAUGCCAAAUGUUCAAAUAACUCCUCAAUUCAUUGAUGCCUUACUUAUUGCAGCAGGAAAGGACAAAAUGGCAUUGAUUGCUCUUCUUGGUAUUGCAAAGAAGCACUCAGAAGCUGGAAAAAUCCUUAUUUCCAUAUCUGACAGGUGGAUGAUAACAAAUCGAAUUAAAGCAGUCGACGUUAUCAGCCUAAUAUUGAUCCUUGUAUCAAGGAAGAAGCUAAGGAACGAUUUGGCCCAUUGCGAACUCUUUGCUCAGUGGAUCAGUUCAAUUCCGGAUACAAGAGAUAUAGAAUUGAUUGACAUUGCAGCUAAGAUCGUCAUGAAAAUGAUCGAUGAGAAGCAAAUGCUGCUCAAUUUAACGAAAAAUGACUUUUUCAAACAUUAUUUGACGGUUGUUCCAACUUUAGAUGACAUUGAGACCACGAAAACAUCAAUAUAUAUCAUAGAUACAAUUGCCAGGUCCAUGCUUACUACAGAUUUCAUGAUUUAUAUACCAAUCAUGUUUACCAUGCUAAAAACUAAUACAGAACUCACAUUUCCAGCACUUUCAGCCAUAACUGUUCUAAGCAGUCAUGAAAAAUGUGCAGAAGUUAUCAGAUCUUUGAAUUACAAAUCAGUUAUGAGAUCUUUGAAACAUAACCCAUCUUAUAAGAGUUAUGUUGAUCUCCUCAUUCAGAAUAUUACAAAAUAG